UCUAAUAGCUCAAAAUAUAUCCAAAUAGGACAGGUAAGCAUUAUUGGAGUAGAUACCGUGGUGUCACCACACCAGUGUAACAUGUUAUAAGGCAUAUUCUCUAAUAUACGGCGGAAACGGUGGCAGAUGCCGAUCCCUUUGCUGCCACGUUCCACGGCUGGCAAGUCCUGGUCGAUCAAGUAGAAAGGGAUAAAUGCAUUAUUAAUCUCAACUCGUUUCUGCUCCUCGCUUUUUCCUUUCUCAGCCCUCGAAUAAGUAUUAUUACUUUUACACAAGCGCUAGACAUCAGGACAAAUGAUCGGCCAUCGUUUCUAAAGUGCGAGUUGAGAGGGAACGCUAUUAUGGCGUGGAACGUCGCCAAUUUUGUUGCUCUUGCAGUGGUGUUUGCACUUCUCGCCGUCAUCUCAGUCAUUCUGAGAUUUUGGGCUCGAACUAUUACGAAGGUUACAUUCGGCGUGCACGAUGCCUUAAUAAUCCCCGCAGCGUUGCUCGUUGUGGGAAUAGGAGUGGCCAUGAUUGUUGGGGCAUGUAUUGGGGAGAUGGCACAGCAUCAAACCAACGAAAUCGGUCCCCAAGGGCCAAUAUUCACAGAGGGGCUUAAGAACUAUGAGAUAUGCAAUUAUGUUCUUCAACUUCUCCCAUUGGUCUCUUUGGGACUGAGCAGGACUUCCGUCCUAUGUUUCUACCGGAAGAUCUUCCAUAUCCACCAACGAUUCUUAGUUGUGAACACUAUUUUGAUAGUAUUCGUCGUGGCAUGGACGGUAUCGUUCUUCUUCGCAACUGUGUUCCAAUGCAAGGAUCCGGCUACUAUCUGGACAACGUUCGAAUACGAGAGAACGAACUGUGUCGAUACCAUAUCGUUCUACUACGCCGUAUCGAUUUCAGGAUUUAUUACAGAUAUCUUGAUAUUGAUAUCACCACUUCCAAUCAUAGGGAAACUGAAGUUGCCUUUGAAAAGUCGGAUCGCAGUCGCAGGCAUACUUCUGCUCGGUGCGGUUGUGUGCGGCGCGGGCAUUGCACGCUUCGUGACGUUCAUCAACAUUGGCCGGGGAAUUGUCGCUAAUAUAAACGACCUUACUUACUUUACUACACCUGUAUUUGCUUGGACCAUGAUCGAGAGCUCGCUCGCCGUGGUUGGCGCAAACCUCCCACUUCUCCGUCCUUUACUUCAGCGGAAAACCUACACAUCCCAGAACUGGUCACUGCUUCGUUCCUGGCGUCCUAAACGCUCUCUCAUGGACUAUCGUGGCCAUAUUAGUCUUGACAGCUUGGCCAGAGAGUCUUUGAAACCUGACGUACAAGUUACGGGAAAGGGGCAACCAAGUCAACAACCCCUUGCGGCGGAUGCGGAAACUCUACGUAUCCAGCAGUUGGAAGCUUCAGGGCGAGGCAUUAUGGUGCAGCACAGGAUCGAAGUAGUGUAGGUAGUUCCACCACGGACGGUGGCUAUGAGCCUUGGAGUGUGGGGAUGGGUUGAUCACACGGUUGGGUAAGCAUCCAACUUGCACAUUAAGUACUUCAAUCGUCGUCGAAGCAAGACUAGGUGCGCGAAAGGUCUGAAUACUCCAUCGCUGUGGGCGUGUUACACCUACCUACCUACUUGAGUUCCCCUGUCCACGGCCACUGACUUUGAACGACCACCCCAAAUCCUCCCCAUCGUCAUCGCCGUCCCAUCCACCUCAGGUGGUCGGCGUGAGACUGGGCAUGGAUAUGCGAUAUGUUGUCAUACUAGUUACCUAGGUAGAUAAUCAUUUGUCAGACAAGGCCGGUCUGUCAUGGAAAGAGGGGGAUAUUGCGGCGGGAAGAUAAGAUAAGCUGGCCGGCGGCGAGCAGCCCCUGGGUUAAGAACCCUGGUCAGGACCCUCUCGCGCGUGGUCUGUGCGGGUUCCCU